AUGCUCUGUCGCUUAGUUACACUCGGCCUCGCCACACUUCUGGCCCUCCUCGGCCCGUCGCCCGUCGCGGCCGCACCCAAACACUACGUCUUUUUGGAUGCGCCAGCCGACAACACCUACGCCUGGACCGUCACCAGCUGGGUGGCCCGCUAUUCCGAGGAUGAUGCGCUCUGCUCCUAUAGUAGGUCUCCCCCACGCAACCAUACGACGUAUGGUCACAGAGCCACUGCUGACGCCGAAAUUCCCCCAGACUUUAACAUCUCCGGCCCCUUCUCCGGCGGCCAGAUGCCCAUCCCCGCCUUCGUCGCGUACUGCGCCGGCACCGGCGUGGGCGCGCCGUACGCGCUGUGCCACAUUACCGACCUGCGCAACACGACGAAGCGGCGGCAGGUGGCCGCCAAGCUGCUCCCGGGCAACGAAACGACGGCGACCGAGGCCCGCCUGGCGGUGUCGUACCGGUUCGACGACCUGAACGUGGCGGACGCGUGGUGGAACUACACGUCGUACGCGACGCAGCCGUACAGCAACACAGUGGCGGGCGGCGGCGGGGCGGCCGUGUUGACCAACGGGACGACCUUUACCAUGACGCCGUCGGAGGUGUUUGGUGUCGCGUAG